AUGGCCUCGCGCACCUUUGCUUAUCCACUGUAUCCAAUCAUCUGUAUUUUCAGUGCUGCACUGGUUCUAUGCGUGCUCGCUAUGAACUUCGUCCGUCAAAGCUGGAACCUGGGCGUUCUAUUCCUAUGUUUCUGGUUAUUCUGGGGAAAUCUGGCUGCUGGAGUCAAUGGCAUCAUCUGGUCUGAUAACGCCGACGUAAAGGCUUUCAUUUACUGUGACAUAGUUUCCCGCCUGCAACUUGUUGUUUCAGUCAUCAAGCCCAUGGCAACUCUCAUCAUCGCUCGAAGACUACACAAGGUUGCCCAGCUUCAGUCCCUCGACUCGCGCAACGUACGACACUUCUAUAUUCCUCAUCUUGAUCUACUCAGUGAGAGUCUACAGAACAGUAUGGAUCGUGUUGUAGAAUGGACUCUUGGGCUGGCACUUCCAUUACUAAUUGCUGGUCCACUUUACUAUGUCAGCCAAGGAGCCCGUUUCCAGGUCAUAGGAGGUUUUGGCUCUCGUAUUCUCAUGGUCUUCUAUCGUCAUCAUACGGAGAUGAACCGCUUCUUGCAGAGUAACAGUUCAAUCUCUCGCAAUCGUUACUUCCGCAUCCUCGCGCUAGCAAGCAUCGACGCCCUCGUCACUCUCCCUCUAGGCGUUGUCGAUGUCGUACUCAAUAUUAUUUCGAUCACACGGGACCAAGGUGCGGCCGUCAGGGCAGCCGCUACGAUCUUCUAUCCCGGAUGGAACUUCGUGCACACGGAUCAUAAUUGGGAUCCAGUUGGUGUAGAGUACGAAAAGAUGAAGGAAAUGGGGGACCUCCGAGUAAUGUACUUCUCGUACCUAUCCGGACCGUUCCUCGGGUUUGUGGUGUUCGGCCUUUUCGGCCUGACGCGCGAGGCUCGUGCGGCGUACUGGCGCAUCGUCGAGAGAGUCAUGGGAUUCUUCGGCAUGACGCCAACAAAGUCCCCUCAGGCGCCCACUUCGAACAGCCCAGUGGUCUUUCGAGCGGCGCAAUCUGAAGUAUGCAAUACGGAGUUGCAUGAUGAUGAACUUGCCACACGUUCAGAUCGCCCUGAUGGUGGACGCGCGGAAGUUCGUGUGGACGUAUGA